AUGAUGAACAGCAGCAGCAGCAGCAGCAGCAGCGCAGCAGCGCAGCAGAGCGCAGCAGCGCAGCGCGAGCAGCAGCAGCAGCAGCAGCAGCACGCAGCAGCAGCAGCAGCAGCAGCACAGCAGCAGCAGCGCAGCGCAGCCGCAGCGAGCAGCAGCAGCAGCGAGGAGCAGCACGCAGCAGCAGCAGCAGCAGCAGCAGCGCAGCGCAGCGCGCGCAGCAGCGCAGCGGCAGGCCAGCAGCAGCAGCAGCAGCAUCAGCGCGAGCACGUAGACAGCAGCAGCAGCAGCACAGCAGCAGCAGCGCAGCAGCAGAGCAAACAGCAAGCAGCGCAGCAGCAGCAGCAGCGCGCAGCAGCAGCAGCAGCAGAGCAGAGCAGCAGCAGCAGCACAGCAGCAGCUUUUCAGCAGCAGCAGCAGCGCGCACAGCAGCAGCAGCAGCAGCAGCAAGCACAGAGCAGCAGCGCAGCAGCAGCAGCAGCAGCAGCAGCAGCGCGCAGCAGUCAGCAGACAGCAGCAGCAGCAGCAGCAGCAGCAGCAGCAGCACAGCAGCAGCAUGCAGAGCAGCAGCAGCAGCAGCAAUCAUAA